GAGCUUUUUGGAAGCAAAUUCGAGGUGUUGGUGGAACGCGGCUUUGAUAGAUGCAACUCGGCAGCUUAGGUAUAAGGGCCACAUAUCGCCGGGCGUAUUAAUAGUUAGUGGACCACCAUGUGCCCUCGAGGUUUUAAGAGCAGCAUGGGCGCGAAACGUUCUACGACCACCCGCAGACCACUCGAUCACCUGUCUUGGCGAUAUAGAAGAUUGUUUAAUGGCUCCAGUUACUCAAGGCCAGUUUACACCGCUGCCAGAAGCUUUAUGUUGGGCCAUUCUGGAAUUGACUUCUCAAAGACAAGCUGCGACCUUAGAUACUCUCAGAACCGCCCUUAAAAAUGCCUUCCCGGCCAUGCAAAGACCCAGCCGAGACCUUGUUUAUGACGCUCUGGCAAAACUUAUGCAAGAACGGAAGAUCUAUCAUACUUCUCAAGGCUACUUCGUCGUAACGCCCGAGACCAAGAGACUCAGACGCGAUUCCGGUAAUUCCAGACGAUCUAAGGACAUGAGCGAGUCCAGAGGUCAAGGUAGCAUGCUAAUGAGCAAUGAUGAGGCGGUGGCACUCGUGCAUGGCGAAAUGAUUACUCUGCGAGAAGGAGAUAUUACGCAUCAGGCUGUACAGACAAACCUAGCGGACGUUAUUUGCGGAGGUAAAACGAGAUUUGCUCUCAUUAUUUUGUUGUCUGAUUUCCCUUAA